CAACACCGACACAACACCAUGGGAGUUGACAUUGGACCAGAAUUCGCAAUGGGAUUGUUUCUCGGCCAGUGCUCGUGAUCGUACAUGUUCGUACGGGCUUUGGCCUUUACUGUGGGCAUCGGCUUUUGAGCCAGGCCGUCAGACAGCUCCUCGGACGGAACUCUUGCCGCAGCUCUCUGUGGUUUCAGACUCAUGCCAGACAUCUACCCGAUCACUUGCGGCAAGGAAAAAGAAACUAGAGGGAGGGUUCUCUCCUGGACUAGCUACUCUGCUUGGGACUUGGGACGGGACUUGGGUCCUCUGUCCACGUCGCCCACGCAUACGCAUAUCAUAUGCGAAUCAUCCUGGGCCGAGAAUCGGAGAAUCUUCGCUAGGAAUCGAUGUUCGUGUCCCAACGGAACGGAACGUUUUCUGACUGCUUCCGCAUUCCUGUCUGGGGAGCGUUGUGGGUUCUUGCCGGCUAUCAGACCGGCUUUGCUACCCGCUGAUGCUGCUGCCCCGUCAUCACGUACUCACUCACCUCCAGGAUCCUGCACAACACGGAACCCGGGACAACGAGUCUUAGGUAUGCAAGCCUCCGAGAGAUAUCCUCAGUCACUGUUCCCCUUGCUUCCCGGGGGUCUUGCAUCCUCCCCUUUUUCGGAACAACAAUAAAAAAGAAUAAUCUACUCUGAGAGCGUUCUCGCCCUACUCUUUACCAAUGUCUUCUUCCCCGGGAGGCACUCCUGCGAG